AAUGUCAGAAAGAACACUUGAUUUUAUUGAUUAAAGAAAUUAAGUCAGAAAGUUAGUAACUUGGCCAUGGAAUUUUGUAUUUGGUUUAUAGAGUUUCUAAACAGUCCAACAUAUUUAUAAUUUUACUGCCAGAACAAUAUUUGCAGCAUCAAGUUUAAUUCCAUUUUUAAGUAUUUUUUAACAUUAUCUAUUAUAGCUACCUAUAAUACCCAUUAAUUUGCAUAUGCUGAAAAUUCUGUGCGUUUAACAAGAUAUAGAAAUUAUCACGAUGACAUUAUCUGAUA